CCUGACGGGUGGUAGCCUCGGACUUUGGGCUACCCAGAACCAGGGGACCAUAACUUUCCCUGGUCCGCUACUGCCUUCCCCAAAUUCUACUCCCUUCUGGCCCCCCGGGAGGGCAGCGGUUACCCACCCACCCUUGCCAGCCUCCCGGCGGGCGCUGCGCCCCCGAGUGGGGGGCAGCCUCAGAAGAGGCUGAGGGCGGGACCUGUACCGCGCUUCUUCCCACCCAGGCUGCUGCCCAAGGCCCCAGAAGGGACCGAGGAGGUGGGGAGGGGACUGGACAGUGGGGCUGGGUCUCUGCCAGACGGGGGAGAGGGCGCUCUCAGAUCCCGUCCUGCAAACUCACAAGCACGAUUAGCCCAAUUUCUUCAGCCCGAGGUCCCCCAAACUGAGCUAAGAACGAGAGCGGGGUGCGAAGGGAUGGGGAGCCGAUCCUGAGAAGCGGAGAGAGGGUGCAUGGUACUGGGGCGCUGAGCGUCGUUGGCGCAAACAUGAGCCCCGGGGGCGCGUCCGGGCGGGUGCUGCCAAUGUUGCUGCUGACUAGGCUGCUGUUGCUGCUACUUCUUGUGGUGGCUCCCGCUAUGGGCAAGGGCUGUGUCUGUUCAGACAAAGGUCCAUGUUUCUGUGACAGCAGGAAAGGCGAUAAGGGUGAGAAAGGUUUUCCUGGUUGUCCUGGUACUCCUGGCCAGAAAGGACUGCCUGGUCCAGAAGGUAUACCUGGACCUCAGGGACCCAAGGGCUCUCCAGGGCUUCCAGGCUUUAUUGGUUCCAAAGGCACAAGGGGAAUGACAGGAUUACCAGGUUUUCCAGGUCCUCCAGGACUUCCGGGAACUCCUGGGAAUACUGGUCCUUAUGGACCUCCUGGUUUGCCAGGAUGCAACGGCACUAAGGGGGACCAAGGAUUUCCAGGACCUCCAGGGACACCAGGUCUUCCAGGGUUACCAGGCACCAAUGGAUUAAAAGGAGAAAAAGGAGCUCCAGCUCGUGAAGAAGGCAUAGAAAAUGGUGAAAGAGGUGAUCCUGGGUUACCAGGAAUCCCAGGACGUCAGGGUUUGCCUGGCCCCCCAGGAUUUCCUGGACCACCUGGACCACAAGGACCCCCAGGAUUUUUAGGUUUUCCAGGAGAAAUGGGGCCUCCAGGACCAAAGGGUCACAUGGGUGUUAAAGGAAUUGGAGAAAAAGGAGAUCGGGGUAUGAAAGGUUUAACAGGACCCCCUGGACCACCAGGAACAGUUAUUAUAACACUUACUGGACCAGAAAACCUAACGGACUACAAAGGGGAUAAAGGAGACAAAGGAUCAGUGGGUGAGCCAGGACCUCCAGGACCAAAGGGGCUACCUGGAGAAUCUUAUGGAUCUGAAAAAGGUGUUCCUGGAGACCCUGGUCCUCGGGGAAAACCUGGGAAAGAUGGUGCCCCUGGUUUCCCUGGAUUUCCAGGAGCUAAGGGUGAAAAGGGUUUCCCUGGAUUAACUGGAGAAACUGGCGCUAAGGGAUUUAAAGGAGACCCUGGUCCAGGAGGAUUUCGUGGUCCAACAGAAUAUUACAAUGGAUACCUGGAGAAAGGCAAUGAUGGAAUUCCUGGGGCUCCUGGACCCAAAGGAGAUCGGGGUUCACAUGGACCCAGAGGUCCACCGGGAGAUGUUGGUAGACCUGGGGCAUCAAGACCUGGUCUUAGGGGUACUCCAGGAUCUCCCGGAAUCAAAGGAAGUAAAGGAGAAAGAGGACCACCUGGAGUGAAUAUAAUGGGUCCUCCUGGACUUCCUGGACUUCCAGGGACCCCAGGCUCCAAGGGGUUACCUGGCCUUCCAGGACCACCAGGUAAAGUAACUUUUCAGAAUGGUCCUCCGGGAGACCAUGGAGAUCCAGGACAUUUGGGGUCUCCAGGCAUACCUGGAGCCUAUGGACCCAAAGGAGAACCAGGACCACUGUGUACCCAAUGUAUUUAUACUCCAGGACCCCCAGGUCUGCCAGGUUUGCCUGGGUUAGAUGGUGAAAAAGGAACUGAAGGAGGGCAAGGACCUGAUGGCUUAAAGGGAAGCCCAGGAUCUCCAGGAUAUACAGGUCUACCAGGCUUUCCAGGAUUCCCAGGUACUCCAGGAUAUCAGGGACAAAAGGGAGAAAAAGGUGAAACAUCAUAUGAAGGAGAAGUAGGAGAUCGAGGGGAUCCAGGAGUCAGAGGGGAGCCUGGAAAAAGGGGCUCCGAUGGAAUUCCUGGAAAACCUGGCACAAAAGGACUGCCAGGCACAAAAGGAGAACCGGCUGUGAAUGGUGAAAAGGGGGAUAAAGGUUUUCCAGGAAAUCCUGGUGACCCUGGGUACCCAGGACCCAUGGGACCAGCUGGACCAUCCAACUAUGGACCACCAGGACAACCUGGACCAAAGGGAGCUGCAGGUGUACCCGGAUUUCCUGGAUCACCUGGAAAUGAUGGUCCCAAAGGAGAACCAGGUCUAGUAGAACCAGUCCCUGGCCCUCCAGGACCUCCUGGAUUGCCAGGGCUACCUGGCCUCCCAGGUACAACUGGAAAUCCAGGAUCCAAGGGACCAAGUGGUAAUCCAGGUCCUCCUGGGUCUGAUGGUGAAGCAGGAUUCCCAGGAAUUGGAGUUCCUGGGCCUCCUGGAUAUAAGGGAGACAGAGGUGAUCCAGGAGCCAAAGGAUCACCAGGUUGUCCAGGAGAAAUAGGGAACCCUGGGUCACCUGGACUACCAGGACUACCAGGAGCAAAGGGAGACCCAGGUACAGCAAUGCCUGGAAAAGAAGGGAUCACUGGUUUUCAAGGAGAAAAAGGAAAUUUGGGGGAAAAUGGAGAAAAUGGGAUCCCUGGGCUUCCAGGCCUUCCAGGGCCCCCAGGAAACAAAGGACAUGAUGGAUCACCAGGAGAGCCUGGCUUUCCUGGACCUCCAGGGUAUGAUGGGAUUCCAGGAAUCUGUAUUCCAGGUGCAAAGGGAACCCAGGGACUUCCAGGUUUAAAUGGACUAAAAGGACCACAAGGAGACAGAGGCCUGGAAGGUCCUAAAGGGGAUCCAGGAAUACCAGGCUUAGACAGGUCAGGAUCCCCAGGGGAACCUGGGCCACCAGGACUGCCGGGUCAUCAAGGGGAUAAAGGACUUAGAGGUCCUGCAGGAUAUCCAGGAGCUCCGGGACCCCCAGGUCCACCAGGCCAAAAGGGAGAAGUUGGAAUAAUGGGUUAUCCUGGAACAAUUGGGCCUCCUGGGAUUCCUGGGAAUCCAGGCACUCCAGGACACAAGGGUAAUUUGGGAAUUCCAGGAAGAAAGGGACAGAAAGGACUUCCUGGAGUACAAGGGGAAAGAGGUAAUAAAGGAAAUGAAGGACCAUCAAUGAUAUCAGAUGAUGUAGGAGAGAAAGGUGAACCAGGACCAGAAGGAUCUUUGGGAGGCCUUGGCCAAAAAGGAGAGAGAGGCACUCCAGGUGUACCAGGAUCACAAGGCUAUGAUGGAAUGCCUGGAAGGCCAGGGCUACCAGGACUCAGAGGAGAUCCUGGCACCAUGGGUCACCCUGGGGAACCAGGACCACCUGGAGGACCUGGAAGCAUGGGGUACAUGGGAAUGCCAGGUCCAAAGGGAAAAAAAGGAACUGUAGGUCACACAGGUGAAACUGGCAGACCAGGCCUUCCUGGUAUUCAGGGCAUGAAGGGAGAGAAAGGAGAACCAGGCUAUAUAAGGGACGCACGGCCGGGACCUCCAGGGCCAAAGGGAGAGCCAGGACCCCCAGGAUCCUUAGGUAAGAAAGGAGGAAGAGGGUUACCAGGUCUACCAGGUCCUAUUGGACCUUCUGGAGCUGAAGGAAACCAGGGAAGUUCUGGAAAUCGUGGCCCUCCAGGAAACCCUGGACCUGCUGGUGAUUUGGGAUUUAAAGGAUGCAAAGGUUUCCCUGGUCCUCCAGGAAUAAAAGGACCGCCAGGUCCUCCAGGUGCUCCAGGACCUCCUGGACUAAUGGGUGAAAAAGGUAAACAAGGUGGGGAUGCAAUUCCUGGUUCAGCAGGAGAAAAAGGAGAACUAGGUUUACUAGGGGCACUUCCAGGUCCAAGAGGCCUUCCUGGUUUAGAAGGAGACAAAGGAAAUGAAGGAAGUCCAGGUUUACCCGGCAUGUAUGGUGUAAAAGGUGUGAUGGGCGAUGUAGGACCAAUAGGCCCCAUUGGUAGGACAGGCCCACCAGGCCCACCAGGUUUUCCUGGUGCACUAAUUCCAGGCCAAAAAGGAAAUCAAGGUCCUCCAGGCUUGGGAGGAAUUAAAGGAGAUCGUGGUCCCCCAGGCCCACCUUGUGAAUACACAUUAGGAAUAAAAGGAGAAAAAGGUUUUCCAGGGAACCAAGGUCCAACUGGUCAACCAGGAAUCAUAGGAGACCCUGGACCCCCCGGGCAUCUGGGAAUGCCGGGUACCCCAGGUUUCCCAGGGUCUAGAGGAGAUCCUGGAUUUCAAGGAUUUCCUGGCAUGACAGGUGAAAAGGGCAAUCUAGGACCUCCAGGACCAUUUGGACCUCCUGGGUCAAUUGGGCCAAAAGGACCUCCUGGUCAACCCGGAGAACCUGGAACAAUUAAAAUUAUAUCUCUGCCAGGGAGCCCAGGGCCUCCUGGUCGACCUGGAGACCCAGGAAUGCAGGGAGAACCAGGAGCACAAGGACCACCAGGAUAUCCAGGACUUCAAGGACUAAGAGGUUCACCAGGGAAACCAGGAAAACCAGGAAUCCCUGGACCAGCCGGAGAAAAAGGCAACAAAGGAUCUAAAGGAGAAAUUGGCCCACCUGGAUCAGUUGGAUUGCCUGGAUUAAAAGGAAAGCCUGGAAACUUUGGACCACCUGCAACUGGGCCCUCCAUCAGAGGCUUUAUCUUCACCAGUCACAGUCAAUCAACAGAGAUUCCUUCAUGCCCAACAGGAACGGUGCCCCUUUAUAGUGGCUAUUCCCUUCUCUUUGUGCAGGGAAAUGAACAAGCUCAUGGACAAGACCUUGGAACUCUUGGUAGCUGCCUACAACGUUUUACCACGAUGCCAUUCUUGUUCUGUAAUACCAAUGAAGUGUGCAAUUUUGCUUCACGAAACGACUAUUCUUACUGGCUGUCAACAACAGCACAGAUGCCCAUGAAUAUGGCUCCAAUUACUGGCAGAGCUCUGGAGCCUUAUAUUAGCAGAUGUACAGUCUGUGAGGGUCCUUCCAUGGCCAUCGCUGUUCACAGUCAAACCACAGACAUCCCUUUAUGUCCUGAUGGAUGGAUUUCUCUUUGGAAAGGAUUUUCUUUUGUCAUGUACACAAGCGCAGGCUCAGAAGGCUCUGGGCAAGCACUAGCAUCGCCUGGAUCCUGCCUACAAGACUUCCGUGCCAAUCCAUUUAUAGAAUGCCAUGGCAGAGGAACCUGCAACUACUAUUCAAAUUCUUAUAGUUUCUGGUUGGCUUCCUUAAAUCCAAGAAGAAUGUUCAGAAAACCUACUCCAUCCACUGUGAAAGCCGGGGACCUGGAAAAGAUAAUCAGUCGCUGUCAGGUCUGCAUGAAGAGAAGAGACUGACAAAAUUGCAGGAAAUAAAACUGCCACCUAAACGGAGAAGAGUCAUUUUUUAAAGCCAUGAUCUGAGAAAUAGCAGUAGAGUUGUACUAUCACGAGAACUUCUUUUAAGAAUCAAAUUGCUGUGCUCUGCCAGCAGAUUAUUCACAAAGCACAUUACUAUGGUCAUUAGACUACUGUUGGUUUAAUUAAAGUACCAAAUAAAUGGUGAUUGAGAUGAAGCUAAAUGUCCCAAAUAAAACAGGGGAAGAAUUGUGGCUCAAGAUGUCCCCAUGACUUGUUUACUUGUAUCCUGCUCUUCAAGUCUGCAGGGAAAGAAUUACUUUUUGGUUCUUCUGGGACAUUUGCCAGAUUGUUUAAUAGGCAAAGGUAUAUUGGGUAGAACUUGACUCACACCUACUGAACUUGUUAUACCAUCUCAGGUGUUUCCUGAGAUCAAUUCAAACCACUCACAUCUGCUAUCAGCAGAGAACUCAAGAAGAGAAUCAGGCAGCUAAAAUUUAAAACCAUAUUGACUUGUUGCAUGUCUUAUAACAUUUCCCUUGCUAAAUAAGUGCCUUAUUGCCAUAAAGUGCUAUAUAAAUUUACCAAAUUAUCCCUCAAAGUAGGCAAAACUCUUAUUUUUAGUUACUGAUUUUAAUGGAUUAUUUUCUCUCCACCCCUUGAAAAUAUGCUUCCCUUUAACAGUUACUCCAUUAAAUAUAAACACAAACUAGACAUUCCUAUUUCGCCCUCCAACUACCCAGGAUUUAUCAAGAUUACCCCUGGCCAGAAAGGAGGUAGGUCAGUUAGGUGCUUCAGUGGCAUAUAUGAAAUAGUAAAAUAGUGCAAAGUUUUUCAGGACAAACAGAUGUAAGAAUCAUUCAGGAUGAGAAGAUACAGAGAAGAAGCAAUAUGAAGUGAUAAUGAAAAAAACCAUAAUGGAGAGGACAAUGGAUAGCAAUGAACUAUCCCUAUAAGUGCCAAUGCUAACUAAUUAAAACCAGUUACCUAACCAA